CAUCUAUCAAAUACAUAGAAUCAAAGAUGCGGGCGUUGAUAAAGCCACUCCUUCACUUCCGCUGCUCUAAUUAUUCUAUCGCUUUCGCCACUUCUCUCACUCCCAUUAGUUUACUCUCUCCCUCAACUAUCCGAUUUCUCCAAGGCUACUGUUACUCCUCCCCUGCGGCACUUCGCAAAGUAACCGCCAUGAGCCGCGACAACUCCUCCGCAGCCACCGGUGACUAUUCCCCGGACCACGUCGUCGGUGAUUGGUUCUCCGUGCCCGAACUCAGGCUUCGAGAUCACAGAUUCACCGUCCCUCUCGACCAUUCCCUAGAUCCCCGUACUUCCGCUACCAUCUCCAUCUUCGCCCGCGAGGUCGUCACUGCUGGAAAGGAAGAGCUUCCUCUACCAUAUCUGGUUUACUUGCAAGGUGGACCAGGAUUUGAAUGCUCAAGACCAACUGAAGCUAGUGGAUGGAUAAGCAAAGCUUGUGAAGAAUAUCGUGUGAUUUUAAUGGAUCAGCGAGGAACAGGCCUAUCAACACCCUUGACAACAUCAUCUAUGUCACAAGUGAAAUCUGCUGAGGAUUUGGCUGAUUACUUGAAGCAUUUUCGAGCUGACAGCAUAGUCUAUGAUGCUGAAUUUAUUCGCAAGCGUCUUGUUCCUGAUGCUGGACCUUGGACAGUUUUAGGACAGAGCUUUGGGGGAUUUUGUGCAGUCACUUAUUUGAGUUUUGCCCCGCAAGGAUUGAAACAAGUUCUAAUAACUGGUGGACUCCCUCCAAUUCAAAGUGGAUGCACUGCUGACAGUGUAUACAAAGCUUGCUUUGAGCAAAUUGUUCUUCAGAAUGAAAAAUAUUAUAAGAGGUUUCCUCAGGAUAUUAAAAUUGUUCAAGAUGUUGUACAUUACUUGGCAGAGUCUGAAGGAGGAGGGGUGCGUCUUCCAUCAGGUGGCAUCCUAACACCCAGAGGACUACAACUUCUUGGUCUCUCAGGUUUAGGAUCUAGUACUGGUUUUGAACGCUUGCACUACAUGUUUGAGCGUGUCUGGGAUCCUGUAAUAGUCCCAGGGACAAAAAGGAGAAUCAGCUACUACUUCUUGAGUGCUUACGAAAGAUGGCUGCCAUUUGAUACAAAUCCUUUAUAUGCAAUUUUGCAUGAGUCUUUAUAUUGUCAGGGUGCCGCUUCAGAGUGGUCUGCUCACAAUAUUAGAGCUGAAAAUGAGAGCAAAUUUGAUGCAAUUAAGGCUGCUAAAGAGGGACGGCCUGUGCAUUUCACUGGAGAGAUGGUAUUUCCAUGGUUAUUUGACGAAAUCCAUGCCUUGAGGCCUUUUAAAGAAGCAGCAGAAUUAUUGGCGAAGAAGAAAGAUUGGGCUCAACUCUAUGACAUUGCUACAUUGAACAAUAACAAGGUACCAGUUGCUGCAACUGUUUAUUAUGAAGACUUGUAUGUGAACUUUAAGUUGUCUAUGGAGACAGCUUCUCAGAUAGCGGGGAUUAGGCUGUGGGUGACAAACGAAUACAUGCACUCUGGUCUGAGAGAUGGCGGAGGUCAAGUUUUGGAUCGCUUGCUGGGUUUGCUAAAUGGAAAGAAACCGUUGUUUUGACCUGAGCGUCCGCUUUCCUGUCGGGUAUGUGACCACUCAGAUCUCUUUUCACUAAUUACUUCCUACAGACAGAAGCUUACUGAAAUGUUUCGUCUCUUAUAGCCAGGACUCUCUUUUGGGUUUUGUUUCUUUUAAUAAUAAUAUAUAAGUUGAGGUUCUUUGUCUA